AUGUCACGGUUCGCUUGUCUGUUGGCCGUUGCCGGUGCCGCCUCUGCCCAACUUACCCUGGACGGGAUAAGAUGCGGUCAGCUCACCUGCCAAAUCGACGAGUACUGCUCCUCAGAAACGAACCGAUGUGCCCCGUGCGCCGUAGUUUGUAACAAGACCCAUCACAACUAUGACUCUGGUCUUUGCGUCAAGGAAUGUCAAGGAUAUCUUCUGGACUUAAGAUACAUGAAGAGGACGGAGUACCAGUCACCUCCGGUUGAUGUUACCAGUGCGCAGCGUCAAGCCCAAACUGCUCUGAUUGUCAGUGGCGUAGCACUUGCGAUCCUGGUGCUGGUCUUGAUUAUCGUAUGCAGAGGGAGGUUCUCCUGGAGAUACAUUAAACAGAAGUUUCAGCCAUCAAAGAAUAGGGUUAAACAGUACCCUACUGACCUUACCCAUCAUAACCCUCAUGCGGAGUUACCGAAACCGAAACACGAGCUCAAACUUGAAAUACGAAAUCCUGAACCACCGAAACGUAACCCCCAGCCCCUCAAUGUAAGAGAUCUUGAAACCAGAACUUCACAAACGGAAAAGAGCCAAGGUGCAACUACACCCAAGACCAUGAGCACCGCUUUGAGUAACCGACAUCCAGCAGAAGAUACUACGCUUGACUUUUCUUACGACAAUAUUGGAAUGAACGUAACCCCCCCUGAACAACCAGCUGCUAGUCACAAAUUCUGA